AUGGAUCAUUCAAGAGACAGACUCCACAUACUGGGAACAGUUUCAGAUACUUUUGAUAAUGUGGAGGACUUAAGGUCAGUUUUAAAGUAUCGCGCAUACUUUACUACGACAGACACAUUUUUUUGUAAGCAAAUUUGGGCAUUUUUCACAGGCAUCAAGUCUUUUCCAACCGAAAACAAGCUUCCUCUGGAAACUCACUUCAAUCACAUAGAGUGGGAUUUAGCAGAAAGUUUUUUGGUUCAAGAAGGAACUUUAUAUACGUUUGAUAUAAUAGCACCCCUUCCAAGGUACACACCAAGAACGAUUUUUACACCUGAUGGUGCGAUUCAUUAUGAAUUGACUAUAAAUAUUCUCACCGAUGAAACUUGUCGGAUUCCUAGGGUCACAACUGUCCCGGUUAUCAUACCGUUCACUUUGGAUCCUGACCGUAUGCCAGGGGCACAUCAUAUUCGAUUUGGUCUUCCUUUAAACCAAGACUCUUUUACAAAGCUUUUGUUGUCACCAAAAAAACAUAAAGAAAUUAGAGUUCUUUUUAAUUAUCCUCAACAAAACUACAAAGGCCCAGGAUGCGUAUGUCCCCUUCUAAUUGAUCUCGAGCUUGUGCAAUCCGAAGAAGGAAAUGCUCACAGCAAUUAUCCUGAAAAGUUGAACAACAUUUGGGGCGUCAGAACCCCUACUUCUCAUUCUUCAAAAAGCUUACAUGAAUCUUCAGAUUCUAUACCAGAUCGAUUGAGUCGGCUUAGUCUCGAACUAGGUGAACACAAAUCAUCUCACGCUAAAAGCCGUGCGUCUUCACCGACUUCAGCAUGUGCUUAUGAAAGGUACUUUAUUCAUGUCUGCCUUGUUCAAAAGGUCACUUUUUUACUAUUUAACGGUCCUUUCCGAGUUUCAACAACCGUCCUUUACGAGGACGGGAGGUGGACCCCUCCAACGGUACCAGGUCUUCACUCAAGAGUUGAAUUCAUGGUACCAUUUGAAGACACAAUUCAUGGAAGUGUAACUGGAAAUCCUCAUCUCCUUGUAAAGCAUAAAUUUUACGUUUCCGUUCAUAGUUCAGAACCUUCCAGUGCUCCACUAAAAUCAAGCUUUUCCUCUACCUCUUCGCUUAGAAAAAAAUCAUACUCGUUAUUUUCUUCUUUCCGGUCUAGUUCAUCUCUUGCUUCGAAUUGGCAUACAGAACCAGAAGACAACAACCGCCCGCAGUCAUCUAGCGAGCUGUCUGUAAAGUGCUUAUCUCAGUAUUCGCCAAGGAAUUCACAAAAACUGCAUCACAAGCUUAAAAAAUUUGAUUUUAAACUGCCUGUCUUCAUAUUUCAUCGCAACUUGAAUUCUGAAUUGUCUCAUCUCCCUCCUUAUUCCCCUAGUCAUGAUCCAUAUUUUUAUUUGGAAGACGACGAAGAGGUGAUGUCUUCUAGUAUUUCUUUAAAUCAACUAGCUGGUAUGUCUCAUAAUCGCUCUUCAUCAAAAACCCGUUGA